GAUCACUGUUUAUCUGUACUUGUCGCGCCUGGGUCGUUUUAACAAAGCUGUUUGUAAAUUACCAGUUUUUUCUUCCUGUUUGAGGGAGUGCAUAUUCUCCAUUCCUUAACCUUUUACGAAGUACAAUAAUUUAAUUUAGAUACUUGCUAAAACAAGCAUUUUAGUCGACAAGAAUCGGAUUUCUACUUGACAAUUGGAAUGAAAAUAUUGAGAAUCCUAGUUAACGCCAACGUCUUGGGUCACCAGUCAUGCGCAAAAUCUAUAGGUAACUUACGUACAGCUUUGUGAAAAGCCCAUUCAUCUCUUUCCUUGAUAAACGAACUCUCGACUCACAUACCUGUAUAUUUCCGGACUUCCUUGCAGGGCUACACCUUUUCAUUACCCGAUGUCGUUAUAACAGCACCAGGAAAUGGCGGUAAUGAUGGUCCCCACGAAGAUGAUCACGAAACAUAGGAAGUCAUUCGUGGUCAUCUUCGUCAUCGUCGUCAUGUUUUGCACGUUCAGGAGCAAUGACGAUGACGACGUUACCGUAUCCAUCAAGCAAACGAGUUCAGUAGAAACAUGGCCGUCGACCACGCUAAAUGAAUCUGAAAUACUGCGAUUGAAGGAAGAAAUGUCUCUCCCCAAAAACGUCAUCCCGGACAUUCACUCGCUUCUUCACGUUGACGCCUCGUACAAAGCACUAACUUCAAGUGAUAAAAAAUGUGCUUUCCCAGACCACAUAAAUUCAGACGAUUCGGACUACUCACCCAAUAUUACGGGAUCCGAGUUCCUCCAAACAGAACGGGUGAUCUUCAAAGAGCACAGAUCGAAAGCCCAAAGACUGACACGCCAAGCUAAUGUGCAGUUGAGACAGAUUCUGGAUGUGGAGAAGUCCAUUGACCUUGGAAAUAGAAACAACGAGUUGGAUGCGGAAUCGGAUCAACCAAAUAGAAUGGGGAUGAAGAUCGACUCGUACCUCUAUUUCCCAGGGGGGCACUGGAUCCCCCUGAACUGCACACCAAAAUGGAAGGUUGCAAUCAUCAUUCCCUAUCGCAAUCGGGCCUACAAUCUCAACGUCUUUCUGAGGAACUUAGUACCCUUCUUGAGGAAUCAAGAACUGGAGUUCGGAAUAUUUAUUGCAGAACAGGGACCGUCAGAAGCAAUGAAUCGAGGUUUAAUGAAGAAUAUCGGUUAUCAAAUGGCGCAGCUUGGUGGUACAAAGUGGGACUGUUACAUAUUCCACGACAUUGACUAUGUUCCUAUGAAUAUUACCAACUACUACGGUUGCGACGACCAUCCAAAACAUUACGCUACCAGGCUUGAGGAAUACGCUUUUGGCAACCCCUACUUGACAGAUUUUGGAGGCGUCGUGGGAUUAACUGCGAAACAGUUUGAUGAGAUUAAUGGCUACUCCAACAUGUAUUGGGGAUGGGGUGGCGAAGAUAGUGAUUUGUAUAAGAGGGUCAAGUCUGUCGAGUUAAACAUCACAAAAUCAGCGGAGGGAUACUAUCGUGAUUUAUGGCAUAAAAAGAAAACACAGAAGGAGAGAUGUGUUCAUAGACACUGUCUUUAUGAUAACGCAGUUGGCAGGAUGGGAAUCGACGGCCUUUCGAAAAUUCGUUAUGAAAAUUCCGCAAACAUCUCUUUCACCACACUCUACACACAAAUAAGCGUUGAUGUGCAACAAAGCGGCUGGAAUCAUAACUUCACAAAAUGUCGCCUAUUCGUCGGGAAAAGAAGCAAUCACCUGUUGGCUAUCGCAUUCAUCGUGUGCUAUUCGGCUAUCAUGAUUGUAAUUUUCGCCUGCGCCAUUUUUGGUCUAGCUUUGCGAGACAUGAACAGUGAAGAAGACGAUGAUGAAAAAUCGUUAAGUGUCGGAAAGAAAAAAGGGACAGGAGAAAAGGACACCGAUAAAUUGCAUCACUAUUAUUUUGAUGACUUCAGGUUAAAAGUAGUAUGAUUUGAACAAAGUUCUGAUAUUUCAAAGAUAUGCAUUAUUACCAUCAUACCUUGAAAUGAAGCCCAUAUAAUUUCUUUGUUGUGCCUAAAAUACUCUGUACUUAAUUGUUCAGUAUACACUUCUAUGAAAGUUUAUCUUAUAUUUUUAUCCAUCAACUUGGACGCCCUACUGUACAACCGGGGACGUCCGCGGUCCAGCUAACCGUGCUAAUCAGUCCCUCAUCUCAUUUCAGACCGUUUCAUAUCAGACUCACGAUUGUUAAAAAGUUCCAUUAAUAAACUCAAGUUGUGUAUAGGUGUGUUUGUACGUGUGUGUGGCGCAAUAGGAAGCGUCCCCGGUUGGCGAAAUUGAGCCCGGAUAGUGGAUUAAAUUCACUGGUCUGUACACUCUAAUUUUCAGAUCAGUGAUUAAAUUCAAACAUUUUGAGUGUAUGAGGUCGCAAACACAAGUCCCCACUUUAACGAUUAAUGAUAAGUGAGUUCCCCCAAUUUUCAACUAAAGACGAUAUGUGUGUGGGUGAGUGUGUUUGUGGGGUUGUAUACUUACUAUGUCUAUUUAUGAAUCUCUAAUUUUUUUUACUAUUUGUUUAUCGGUGCAUUACUUUAGCUUUUAGAGGAGUAAUGAAUCCCAAAUGUGAACACAAAAAAACUUCUAAAAACAGUGAUACUAUUUUAAAUUAUGACACUAUUUUAGAUUUUCACAUAUUGAGAUAUAUUAUGAUAGAAUAUUGUAGAUUAUGUUUAUAAUUACGCAUUCGUGAUGAUAGAAAUGCCAAUGACUGUGACUUUCUUACCUGCCCAGUAGAUACGAUCGUGUUAUAUACUGGAAAAGAAACCAUACGAUGGCAGAAGUUUAUGUCAAAUGACUGUAUAUGUGAUGGUUUAAUUUAUUAGUCAUUUAAAUAAUGCAAUAUAGACUGUCAUCCUAAGCUCUAACUUAACUGGAUUAGUUAAGUGGGCCAAGUCUGUUGUUAAAUCAUCGGUCAGAAAAUUGAGUCAGGAAACUCUUUCAGUAGAGGCCUGAUUUUCAGCAUUUUCCUUUUGCCAGGAUUCCCAAUCAUUUUCAAAUACUAUUCACAUGAUUCAGUAAUUCCUGACACCACCAUCGAUACUCGAGCAUUCGCGAAUAUUGAUCCAACUUGUGACAAGAUUAGAUAUCAAUUUUAUAAUAUAUAUUUUUAAAUAUGAUUAAAUACUGUCUAAUGAACAUAAAAUAACGUUAUUGCUAUUCGUUUCUAAUCACAGAUUCAGGUAAUAGAGAAGUCAAACUCGAGUUGGGAAUACUAGUAGUAGAAAAGUUAUUACUAACAUAUUAUUACAGGCAUCACUAGUUUGCAUUUUAAUUGUAUAUAUAUAUUCAGGCAGUGCCACAUGUCUAUAUGAAUAAGAAAAAAAAAAGAUUGUUGUCCUUUA